AUGGGUCAGGAGCUGUGUGCAAAGAGGCUACAGCCAGGAUGCAGUUGCUACCGCCGCUCGGAGGGAGGGGAGGCGCACAGCUGUCAGAGGAGCCAGCUUGGGAGCGCCCAGGCUCCUGCAUUCGAGCUAACAGACCUAAAAGAAGCAUCACGUUCCACGUCUUCGCUUCACCCCAGGGGACUCCAAGUUAUCGGUGCCCAGAAGCGGCCACGGAGUAACAGUGACUCUUUUCAGGAAGAGAAUCUGAGGCAGGGGUUGCCAUGGAAAAAGAGCCUUCCUUUUGGGGCAGCCUCUUCUUACUUGAACUUGGAGAAGCUGGGUGAAGGUUCUUACGCCACCGUUUACAAGGGCAUUAGCAGGAUAACCGGGCAACUAGUAGCUCUGAAAGUCAUCAGCAUGAACGCAGAGGAGGGGGUCCCUUUCACAGCCAUCCGGGAAGCAUCUCUCCUGAAGGGUUUGAAGCACGCCAAUAUCAUCCUCUUACAUGACAUUGUUCACACCAAAGAGACUCUGACCUUCGUAUUUGAAUACAUGCACACCGACCUGGCCCAGUACAUGUCGCAGCAUCCUGGAGGACUUCAUCCUCACAAUGUCAGGCUGUUCAUGUUUCAGCUUCUGCGGGGCCUGGUAUACAUCCACCACCAGCGUGUUCUUCACAGGGACCUGAAACCUCAGAACUUGCUCAUCAGUCACCUGGGAGAGCUCAAACUGGCUGACUUUGGUCUUGCUCGAGCCAAGUCCAUCCCUAGCCAGACAUACUCUUCGGAAGUGGUGACGCUCUGGUACCGGCCACCUGACGCACUGCUGGGAGCCACGGAGUACUCCUCAGAGCUAGACAUAUGGGGCGCAGGCUGCAUCUUUAUUGAAAUGUUCCAGGGUCAACCUUUGUUUCCUGGGGUUUCCAACAUCCUUGAACAGCUGGAGAAGAUCUGGGAGGUACUGGGGGUCCCUACAGAGGACACCUGGCCAGGAGUCUCCAAGCUGCCUAACUACAACCCAGAAUGGUUCCCGCUGCCUAAACCUCAAAGCCUGCAGUGUGUCUGGAGUAGGCUGGGUGGAGUUCCCGAAGCUGAAGACCUGGCCUCGCAGAUGCUGAAAGGCUUCCCCAGGGACCGAGUCUCAGCCCAAGAAGCCCUUGCUCAUGAUUAUUUCAGUGUCCUGCCGUCCCAGUUGUACCAGCUUCCGGAUGAGGAGUCUUUGUUUGCAGUUUCGGGAGUGAAGCUGAAGCCAGAAAUGUGUGACCUUUCGGCCUCCUACCGGAAGGGUCACUGCCUAGCCGGGGUUAACAAAUGUUGGUGAGGUCGUCCAGAUCAUUGCAGGCCCAUAGCUAUGCUGUUUAACUGUGCAAGCUUAUCUCCAUGCUUCGUGCCC